GGAAGUGGCGGCUCCCGGGUGAAGGUUGAGCCUGGAUGGGCGGGGCGGGAAGCGGAAGGGCGGCGGUGCGCAGCCGCGUCAACGGCCGUUCGUAGCGCGCGCGCUGUCUGACCUCAGUCUGGCAGCUUCGUAGCUGGGCGUGACGCUCUUGGCUUUUUGCUGCUGGGGGCGGUUGCCGGGGCAAGCUCCUUUACGACCCCUUCUCGGUUUCUCUGUCGUCACAGCGAACAAAUCUCGCUCGAAACUCACUGGCCUGCUCCCAGAAAGGCGAAAAGAUAUUCAAGAGCCCUUCCGUUUUCCUUCCAGUGGACCCCGAGCCCAGCAUUUGCGGCACCCGCUGCUGGCAGUUUUGCCAGGUGUUUGUUACCUUGAAAAAUGGCUACUGGACAGGAUCGAGUGGUUGCUCUCGUGGACAUGGACUGUUUUUUUGUUCAAGUGGAGCAGCGGCAAAAUCCUCAUUUGAGGAAUAAACCUUGUGCAGUUGUACAGUACAAAUCAUGGAAGGGUGGUGGAAUAAUUGCAGUGAGUUAUGAAGCUCGUGCAUUUGGGGUCACUAGAAGUAUGUGGGCAGAUGAUGCUAAGAAGUUAUGUCCAGAUCUUCUACUGGCACAAGUUCGUGAGUCCCGUGGGAAAGCUAACCUCACCAAGUACCGGGAAGCCAGUGUUGAAGUGAUGGAGAUAAUGUCGCGUUUUGCUGUGAUUGAACGUGCCAGCAUUGAUGAGGCUUACAUAGAUCUGACCAGUGCUGUACAAGAGAGACUACAAAAGCUACAAGGUCAGCCUAUCUCAGCAGACUUGUUGCCAAGCACUUACAUUGAAGGGUUGCCCCAAGGCCCUACAACAGCAGAAGAGACUGUUCAGAAAGAGGGGAUGCGAAAACAAGGCUUAUUUCAAUGGCUCGAUUCUCUUCAGCUUGAUAACCUCACCUCUCCAGACCUGCAGCUCACCGUGGGAGCAGUGAUUGUGGAGGAAAUGAGAGCAGCCAUAGAGAGGGAGACUGGUUUUCAGUGUUCAGCUGGAAUUUCACACAAUAAGGUCCUGGCAAAACUAGCCUGUGGACUAAACAAGCCCAACCGCCAAACCCUGGUUUCACAUGGGUCAGUCCCACAGCUCUUCAGCCAAAUGCCCAUUCGCAAAAUCCGUAAUCUUGGAGGAAAGCUAGGGGCCUCUGUCACUGAGAUCCUAGGGGUAGAAUACAUGGGUGAACUGACACAGUUCACUGAAUCCCAGCUCCAGAGUCAUUUUGGGGAGAAGAAUGGGUCUUGGCUGUAUGCCAUGUGCCGAGGGAUUGAACAUGAUCCAGUUAAACCCAGGCAACUACCCAAAACCAUUGGCUGUAGUAAGAACUUCCCAGGAAAAACAGCUCUUGCUACUCGGGAGCAGGUACAAUGGUGGCUGUUGCAGUUAGCCCAGGAACUAGAGGAGAGACUGACUAAAGACCGAAAUGAUAAUGACAGGGUAGCCACCCAGCUGGCUGUGAGCAUUCGUGUACAAGGAGACAAACGCCUCAGCAGCCUGCGCCGCUGCUGUGCCCUUACCCGCUAUGAUGCUCACAAGAUGAGCCAUGAUGCAUUUACUGUCAUCAAGAACUGUAAUACUUCUGGAAUCCAGACAGAAUGGUCUCCUCCUCUCACAAUGCUUUUCCUCUGUGCUACAAAAUUUUCUGCCUCUGCCCCUUCAUCUUGCACAGACAUCACCAGCUUCUUGAGCAGUGACCCAAGUUCUCUGCUAAAGGUGCCAGUUACCAGCUUAGAAGCUAAGACCGAGGGAAGUGGCCCAGUGGUGACAGCCACUAAGAAAGCAACCACGUCUCUGGAAUCAUUCUUCCAAAAAGCUGCAGAAAGGCAGAAAGUUAAAGAAGCUUCACUUUCAUCUCUUACUGCUCCCACUCAGGCUCCCACUAUCAAUUUGCCGUCCAAGCCCUCAUUACCUUUUCAAACCAGUCAAACUACAGGAACUGAGCCCUUCUUUAAGCAGAAAAGUUUGCUUCUAAAGCAGAAACAGCUUAGUAAUUCUUCAGUUUCUUUCCCCCCACAAAAUCCAUGGUCCAACUGUAUAGCAUUACCAAACUCUUUACCAACAGAGUAUCCAGGCUGUGUCCCUGUUUGUGAAGGGGUAUUGAAGCUAGAAUCCUCUAAAGCAACUCCUGCAGAGAUGGAUUUGGCACACAACACCCAAAGCAUGCAUGCUUCUUCAGCUUCCAAAUCUGCGCUGGAGGUGACUCAGAAAGCAACCCCAACUCCAAGUAUUCUAGCUGCUGAGGACCAAGUGCCCUGUGAGAAGUGUGGCUCCCUGGUACCAGUAUGGGAUAUGCCUGAACACAUGGACUAUCAUUUUGCAUUGGAGUUGCAGAAAUCCUUCUUGCAGCCCCACUCUUCAAACCCCCAGGUUGUUUCUGCCGUAUCUUAUCAAGGCAAAAGAAAUCCCAAGAGCCCUUUGGCCUGCACUAAUAAACGCCCCAGGCCUGAGGGCAUGCAAACAUUGGAAUCAUUUUUUAAGCCAUUAACACAUUAGUGCUGCCCUCAGGCUUGCUUUUAGGAUUUAAUAUUUUUUAUCUCUACAGAUCUUUAAUAUUUUAUCUUUACAGAUUUCCCUGAGAAGGGGAAUUAUGAAAUUUUUAAUACAAAAAAUAAUCCAUUUAGGUGCCGAGUUACAGUCCCAUCUCUUCACAGGCGUGGAUUCUAAUCCCACUGCUGAUAAAGAUGUAAAAAUUCAUCCUACCAUUAAGUUUUUAAUCUUUAGCAUUUAGGGAGGCAGUGUUAUAUAGUAAAGCGUGGGCCUUGGAGUCUAAGAGA